AUGGCGGCUCCUGCUGCCCCCCCGUCUGGGCCUUCCACUAGGAAACACGGCUAUAGCCGUAAGCAGAAGUCUCUCGGCCUCUUGUGCUCCAACUUCCUCGGCUUGUACAAUCGCGACGGCGUUACAUCCAUUGGCCUCGACGACGCCGCUUCACGAUUAGGUGUUGAGAGGCGACGGAUCUAUGACAUCGUCAAUGUCUUGGAAAGCGUUGGGGUUCUUGCACGGAAGGCAAAGAACCAGUAUUCUUGGAAAGGAUUUGGGGCAAUCCCUAACGCGUUACAAGAGCUCAGGGAAGAGGGUCUGAGAGAGAAUUGCAUUAACUUUGCUGGCAACGACGAUGCAAAGGUUUCAGAUGAUGAGGAUGAUGAAGAGAGAUGUGGGAGUCAGCCGAACGACAAGUCCAACCCUACUGUCAAUCCUCAACCUCCAGCAGACCAAAAACCAGAUAAUAGAAGGGAAAAGUCUCUGGCGCUUCUUACGCAGAAUUUCGUCAAGCUCUUUGUCUGCUCCACUGAAGAAAUGAUCUCCCUUGAUGAUGUUGCCAAGUUAUUGCUUGGGGAUGCACAGAGUGCAUCAGCGAUGAGAACUAAAGUAAGGCGGAUUUAUGAUAUUGCAAAUGUUUUGUCCUCCAUGAAUCUCAUUGAGAAGACCCACACACCAGAUACAAGGAAACCUGCAUUUAAGUGGUUGGGAUUGAGAGGAAAAGAGGAGAAUUUGGUUCCAAACGAGUCUAGAAAAAGAGCCUUUGGUACAGAUAUCACAAACGUCAUUUCUAAGAGGGGCAAGCUGGAAUCUUCUAUUGGUGGGGAGUUGGAUGCGCAAAAACAAAGGCAACAUGAUUUGGAGGACUCAAAAGAUGGUUCAAAGAGCUAUCAGUUUGGUCCUUUUGCUCCUGUCACUAUUGCCAGACCCGGGAACAGCAACAUGAGGAGGGUUCAUGACUGGGAGAAGUUGACCUCUACUUAUCGUCCUCAGUAUCAAAACCAAGCUUUGAAGGAUCUGUUUUCUCAUUAUAUGGAAGCAUGGAAGUCAUGGUACUCUGAAGUUGCUGGGAAGAAUCCAAUCCGAAUUUCUUGA